UGCUAUAUAUAUAUAAGGUAGGCUCUAUGUUAUACAUGUGUGAUAAGAUCAAGAAAAUUGUCCUAAAACCUUUACAUAUUCUUAAUCAGGGUUUCCAACAAAAACAACUUGAUCAACAAUCAUAGAUACAUAUAUGGGUGAAGCUGGAAAUAAUUCAGGAUUUAUGUUCCCAGAAAUGUCUCCACUUCUCCCUCAAAGCAUCAAUACUCUUCAUUUUCCGAGCAACCAAAUUCAUUACUACGAUCCAUUUAAUCUUUUUACAUCAGUACCAUCACCUUAUGGAGGUUUAUUCAACAGAAGAUCAUCUCCUUUUGGUCUACAAGAUGAGCUGCAGAAAGUGAGUGGUAAAGAAAUAAUGGAUGCCAAAGCUCUUGCUGCCUCAAAAAGCCACAGUGAAGCUGAAAGAAGACGUAGAGAAAGAAUUAAUAAUCAUCUUUCUAAACUUCGAAGCCUUCUUCCCAGCACUACAAAAACGGAUAAAGCAUCAUUGCUAGCUGAGGUGAUACAACAUGUGAAGGAGCUCAAGACACAAACGUCACAAAUAACUGAUACAAAUUCAGUCCCAACUGAGAUGGACGAACUAACAGUUGAUAAUUAUUCGUCUGAGGAAGAAGGAAACUUUGUGAUCAAGGCUUCAUUGUGCUGUGAAGAUAGGUCUGAUCUUUUGCCUGACCUCAUCAACACUUUGAAAUCUUUGAGGCUAAGAACAUUAAAGGCUGAAAUAACAACACUUGGUGGACGUGUUAAAAAUGUGUUGUUCAUAACACAGUCGAAGAGUAUUAAUGAUGAUCAACUGCAAUAUUCUUUAAGCUCAAUACAAGAAGCACUAAAAGCAGUGAUAAAGAAAUCUAGUGGGACUUCAGGGAGUGUUAAGAGACAAAUUAAAGGACUACUAUCAUAAGUAACAUAGGCUUUUUUUUCCCUCCCAAUUUAGGAGGAUCUAUAGUGUUUCCACACUUCCCCUCCAGCGUGACUCGAACCCAGGAUCUAACGGUCGUGGGUGGAGGUGCUUUUACCAACUCACAAGCCUCACUUGUCGGUCUAAGCCUUGCUUAUUUAUAUAUCCAACGUCUCUCCCGUAUUUAUCAAUGUGGGAUUCAAAAAAUAAUACUAUUUCUUACUAGUUUCCCGACAACUUUUUGGGAUUUUUUGUCGUGAUAGAAACUCGACAAAACCCGUAAAUUUCGAACACCUAUUUCAGUACGAUUUUAGAUAUAAGUGUUUCAUUCAA